AUGGGGCGGGCCGAGGGCGGCAGCAGAGUGCGGGCGGGGGCGCCGCUGGAGGGCGCCCCGGACCCCAACCCGGCCGUGGGCCGGCUGGGCCGGCGGGGGGCCUGCUCGGCAGGCCUGGGGCCCCUCCUCGCGCCGCCCCCGGCCCCCGCGAGCAGCAUCCGGGCCUCGAGCCCCGCACUGGCCCUCGACCAGGCUCCGGACGUGUUCGCCGUGCGGGUGCUGCUGGAGGAGACCGGGGAGAUGUUCCAGGCGGCCAGCUGCCGCGGCGACAUGACCGUGCGGGAGCUCAAGGAGGAGCUGGAGCUCCUCGUCGGGGUCCCGCUCGACCUGCAGCGGCUCCGGUACCUGGACCAAGGGGACCAGCGGAGCCUGAAGGGACAAGCUUGUGGCACCGGACGGAAGGCAGGAGUUUUGAUGGAUGAAACCACACUGAAGUUCCAUGAUGUUGUUCCUGGUGGAAUUAUUUCAUUAUGUGUCUGGCAGUAUGAUGGAUGGACGGAACUGGUUUUGGCGGCUGUGGAAGGGGACCCCAGUAAGCUGUCCUGUCUUGGCGUUGAUGAAGGCUCCCUCUACAGAACUGCAAAUUCGAAGCAUUUUGAAGGCGAGCGGUGGAAGGAAUGGAUAGCUCAGCGAGCAUUCGUGGCCUUGUACAUUACCUCCCACAGAGGUCACCCUGAUGCUAUGCAGUACCUUCUAGAACACGGAGCGAACUGCCUCAGAAGAACCCUCCUGGGCAGGACAGCUCUGCACGCGGCCGCGGCCAUGGGCCGUCUGGACUCCAUAAACCUGCUGCUCAGCUACGGGGCCUCCGUCAAUGACAAAGACACCAGGGGGGAGACCCCCAUGUCCAUCGCCCGGCGCAUGAACCGCAGACACGGCGAGAGGCGGAUGUUCCUCUUCUACUGGAUGACAAAGUCAGGGACCACGGACCCGAAGAAACUGAUGGCGAACAAGGCUUUUCACCGGGCAAAGUCUGGGUUUGGCUCCAAGAAGAAGAGCCAAAUUUAGCUCCCGCUGGGAACGCGUGCGCGCCGAACCGACUCGGGUAACUUUUCCGAGUUCAAAUCCACAGCGGCCCUCGGCGAGCAGGAAGUCCAGAAAACACGGCAAUUAAUCUGAAUCAGAUACGAAAUUAUCUGUCCUGUUUGCAAAUGACUCGGGUAGGUGAGUUUUGUGUUCGUCCUGUAAUCCAUUACCGACUGAGCGGCCUCUGAUGCCGGCCUUUAAUUCUAUGCUAUUUGCACAUCGUAUCCAAUAACGCUGCUUGGGGUGAUGGGAACCAAUUACCUUCUCUCCCUUCUGGAGACCAUCUAAUGCAUCAGCAUAAUAGAAGUAAUAGCGGUAAUGAGAGUGGCACUGUGGCUAUUGUCUAAAGCAAGUGCCAGCAAAUGUCGGGAGGUUGCCAGCCGUGUGGGCUGUGAAUUUCCGCUUGUAAAACCCGGGAGCCACGCGUCGCCGCAGCUAGCACGCUUCUAGAAGUUCUCCUGAGCCCCCUCCGGGGGUCUGCUGCUCCCAUCGGAGGUCGCAGGGUGGAGGGGAAGCGAGGAAGGGGAAGAGCAGAGAGAGCGUGGUUCUCCAGACAGACCUGCACAGGGCCGCCUUCUUGGCCUGUUGAAAGGUGACGAGUUGCCACUGGAUUUGGAGGAGGCAGCGUAGAGGGUGCCCAUGAGCUCGGAGAGGAGAGACUCAGAGCUGGCACCUUCUUUCCCUCCGUCCCGUCCCCGGUGGCCCACGCACCCAGCUGUCCCCUGUCCCUCCCAGCAACACCAACCUCUCUGCACUUAGUACCAGGUCUGUGCCUCCCAAGGGCUGCACACCUGCGGGGGACCCAGCCUGCCAUGUGUCUGAGCCCCGAGUAGGAGCCGGAGGGGGAGGUGGGCGCCAGGGCAGCUGACGUUCACACCCCUGCCUGAAGAGGGCGCCACGACUCAGCUCCAGCAGAAACGUGAGCCAAACCCUGCUAGAUCUUUCCAGGUUGUUUUAA